AUGUUUAAAUCACUGACAAUAAAAUUCAACAAAGUGAAGCCUAUGGAAGGGAGGAUGGAGAAGGAUCACGGCCCUCACCUGAGUAGUCAGUCUUGGCCAUCCACAGCACAGGGAGAGAACAAAAGUGAAAAAGAAUCUCUAAGGACCAGAAGGACAUCAGUCACAUGUGAAAAGUCACACAUCAAAGAACAAGGCAACAUCACUGAGGAACAUUCCCUCACAGAUUUUACCACAAAUCCUGAUUCUGAGUGUCCAGCAGAACCGACUGGAGCAAUGUCGGAGAUGGAACAAACCAGGACUAGGAAAGAAAGGCCAGAAAGCUUUAAGAACAAACUGUUUGAAGGCUCAACUAUAAAUGGAUAUGCUGAUGCCCAGCUACACAACCUGGUGAAAAGGAUGCGUGAAAGGACUGCUUUCUACAAGAAAAAACUGACAGAGGAUGAGAAUUCAUCCUCACCCGAAGCUAGCCCUCAGACUGUGAAGUCUACAGAGGUAUCACCAACACAAGACCAGAAUUCUAAACUAGAAGAACAUCACCAUGGCAUGUUGUCUUGCAAACUGCAGAGGGUACCUGCAAAAGAGUACCUUAAAAGAAUGAGACUUCCGAGAAGCAUAGAUCCAUACACAGAUCGGAUCUAUCUCCUAUGGCUCCUUCUUGUCACCAUUGCCUAUCACUGGAACUGUUGGCUGCUACCCGCACGCCUCGCCUUCCCAUACCAAACACCAGGCAACACGCACUACUGGGUUAUUACUGACAUCAUAUGUGAUAUCAUCUACCUUGGUGAUAUAUUAUUGAUCCAGCCAAGACUCCAGUUUGUAAGAGGAGGAGAAAUUAUUGUAGAUCCAAAUGAGCUGAAGAGACACUACAGAAGUUCUACAAAGUUUCAGAUGGAUGUCAUAUCCAUUAUGCCAUUUGAAGUUCUCUACAUCUUCUUUGGGUUCAAUCCAAUAUUUAGAACAAAUCGGAUACUAAAGUACACUUCAUUCUUUGAGUUUAAUAAUCGCCUGGAGUUUAUAAUGGACAAAGCAUAUGUCUAUAGAAUCAUUCGAACCACUGGCUACUUGUUGUUUGUUCUGCACAUUAACGCCUGUGUUUAUUACUGGGCCUCAGACUAUGAAGGAAUUGGCACAACCAAAUGGGUCUAUAAUGGUGAAGGAAACAAGUAUCUGAGAUGUUAUUAUUGGGCAGUUCGAACUUUAAUUACUAUUGGGGGCCUUCCAGAGCCACAGACUUCAUUUGAAAUUGCUUUUCAACUCUUGAAUUUUUUUUCUGGAGUUUUUGUGUUCUCCAGCUUAAUCGGUCAGAUGCGUGAUGUAAUUGGAGCAGCAACAGCCAAUCGGAACAACUUCUUUGUCUGCAUGGACCAUAUCGUUGCCUACAUGAACAAAUACUCUAUUCCUCAGAGUGUGCAGCAUCGAGUUAGGACUUGGCUGGAAUACACAUGGACCUCUCAGAGGAUACUAGAUGAGUCCAGCUUGCUUGAGAACCUACCAACGACAAUGCAGUUAUCUCUCGCCAUUGACACAAAUUUCAACAUCAUCAACCAAGUAGAGUUGUUCAAGGGCUGUGACACACAGAUGAUUUAUGAGCUACUCCUAAGAUUGAAAUCCACUAUUUAUUUACCUGGUGACUUUGUGUAUAAAAAGGGAGAAAUUGGUAAGGAAAUGUACAUCAUCAAGCAUGGAGAAGUCCAAGUUCUUGGAGGCCCUGAUGGUGCUCAAGUUAUGGUUACUCUGAAAGCCGCAGCAGUGUUUGGAGAAAUCAGCCUCCUGGCAAAACGGGGAGGAAACCGUCGAACUGCAGAUGUGGUGGCCCAUGGGUUUGCCAAUCUUUUAAUUCUGGACAAAAAGACUCUUCAAGAAAUUCUACAGCAUUAUCCAUCUUCUAAAAAACUCCUCCUGAAGAAAGCCAGAGUUCUUUUAAGAGAGAAUGUGAAGAGCAUACGGGCAACCCCUCCAAGGACAGGACCUGCCUUUCUUUUCCCACCAAAAGAAGAGACACCCAAAAUAUUUAAAGCUCUCUUGGGAAGCAGAGGAAAAGCAGAUCUUGUUAGACUCCUCAAAGCCAAGAGAGCACAAACGACUCAGGUAACAAGACUGAUGGUAGCACAGAGAAUGGGAGGCUAGGAGCAGAAGAGGGGAAACGCUGCGUGGUGUACAACCAGGCAGGAUCUAGUUCAGACAUUGGCCAAUUUGGGCUGAUCUAAUGCUAGCUAUUGUGCUUUAUAUUGGCAUUUAUUAUUUAAACUUCAUCUCCGUUUAUCAUUACAUGAAAUCAUAACUAGUUCACUUUAAGUUAGCAUACAUAUCCAAAAUACACUCAUACUUAAUUGUUCAUGUGUUCUAUAUGAGUGAAUCUUCUUACUAUAAUUUAUUGGUAACUCCCAAAUCAACACAUGUUUUUGGGUCAUUUAUGUCCAGUAAAAUACUAAAAGAAAAACAGAGGAAAUCUGAUGCACUAUCAGCUAGGUUUACCUCAAGUUCCCUUCUGUUUCUUAUUUGAAUCUUAUGCAAAUUAGUGGACCAAUGCAAUCUAUUUGUUACCAUGGCUUUUUUUGUUUUAUUUUGUAGUUUUGAG